AUGCUGUUAGAAUUGAUAUCUUAUGCAGGAACCGUAUCAGGGUUUCUUUUUUUAACACUUUCAAUUGCAUCGGGUUUAUACUACAUUAGUGAACUUGUUGAAGAACACACAGAACCCACAAGACGGUUUCUCACAAGGGCUAUUUAUGGUAUAAUAUUAAUAUUAAUUCUGCUACUGUUACUAGACGGUUUUCCGUUCAAACUUACACUUUUUUCCAUUGCAUGUUACAUAGUAUAUUACCAAAACUUAAAAAGUUUCCCAUUUAUUUCGUUAACCAGCCCAACUUUCCUGUUAAGUUGCGUAUGUGUGGUCUUGAAUCACUACUUCUGGUUCAAAUAUUUUAAUGAUACGGAAGUUCCUCCACAGUUCAAAUUUGAUCCAAAUUAUAUACCACGCAGACGUGCUAGUUUCGCUGAAGUAGCCUCAUUUUUUGGUAUAUGCGUUUGGUUCAUACCAUUUGCCUUAUUUGUUUCUCUGUCAGCUGGUGAUUAUGUGCUACCAACGACUAGUGAGCAACAUAUGGCUAAGAAAAAUGAUGACAUCACAACGAACAACCAGCCAAAAUUUCGUAAAAGAGCUGUUGGUUUAGCUCGUGUAGUCAUCAACUCGGUAAGGAAGUACAUAUACUCUCUAGCCCGUGUAUUCGGUUAUGAGAUAGAACCUGACUUUGAUAGAUUGGCUGUUUAG